AUGUAUAAUUAUUGGAACCACCAUAUUAGUGUUAAAAUUAUUAUUAUUUUUAUAAUGGUUAUUAUUGCUUAUAUUGUUAUUAUGGUUAUAAUGGUUGUAAAGGUUAUUAUGCUUAUUAAGAAUUAUUUGAUACAAAAGAUGAUUAAUAACUAUUUAUUGCAGGGUUUGUGUACUCAUAUGUAAUUAUAAGUUUGA